UGCAUGUUUCUUUCUGAAAUUCUAAAUAAUCCAAGGUUAUCCAAGUUAAAUAGAUAUAUAUGUUUUUUAUUUAAAAAUUUCAGAGUAUCUUCGCAAUUUGUGAAGCUUUACAACUGUAAAAUUGUUGUUAAUUUCUAACACAGCGAAAAUUAGUUUAGAUGUUACCAUGGAUACCAACCAUGGGCAUCUAAACAACCGGAUUCGAACCGAAAGCAGUGACAUUUAUUAUCUGUUGAAAUUAAAACAAUUUGUGUAAAACUGGUGCUUCGAGGAACUGAAUAAAAACUGUACCCAAACAUGUACAAAGUGACCUUAGACCAGUCCGUGGAAAAGGCUGUGGAGAGGCGAAGGUCGGCAGAAACAGCACGCAAGGCCCGCAUUUUCAACACACGGCAACGUGUGAUGGGAGUCGACAUUAAUGCUCUGAACCAACAAGUCCAAGAAAGAAAGCAUCAGCAAAGCAAAGAGAAACAAGAAAACAAAGCUGCUGAUAUCCGGAGAAUAUGCCGAGAUGAAACACUUAUGCAGCAGGACAUGAAUGAAAAAGAGAAGUGCAAAGGUUUGCACAAGAACUUGACCCAGCACUGGGCCACACAGCAGCGGGACCGUCAUGAUGAUGAUUUGAAAUGUGGCCUGAAGGAGGCAGUCAAGCUCACCAUGCCGGAGGCGGAUUUGGGGCCUGCCAGUAUGCAAAUCUUUCAGGGAGAAGAUAUUGGAUGGGAGAAAAUGAGCAAAGAAAAAAAGAAAAAGGCAGAAAGAGAUCUGCAAGCACAGAUGGAUGAAAAUAAAAGAAGACAAAUGGAAGACAAGCAAAGAGAGAUGCUGGUGCACAAAACGCUGCUACUUCAAGACCAAAGAGGCACUGAGCAGGCUGCACUAGAGGAGGAGUGUAAAAAAACUGCCCGCAUCGCACUGGACAACUACAAUCAAGCUCUGGCUGCAGAGCAAGCAGAAAACCUUGAAUAUCAUCACAGGAGAGAGGACAGAGCGAAUCUUGCAGAGAUACUGCAUACAUUGACAUCUGACAUGAUGACGGAGUGUGCAGAGGCAGCAGAGAGAGAUGUGGGAGAUGGAAGGCUGCCACAGAUCAUACCAGACAGGUGGAAGGGAAUGAAACCAGAGGAGCUAAGUACCAUCUACAGGGAGCAAGAACAACAGCGCUUUGAGAGACAGAGACAACGUGAUGCUGAAAAGAUUCAGGCUGCAGCUUGGGACCUCCACCUCCUUAACCUGUCCAGAAAAACAGAGGAGGAGGAGAGGAGAGCAGCAGAGAUGAGGAGAGAGCAAAGAAUUCAGGUGGAGCAGUUCAACAUGCAGCUUGCCAGAGAGCAGCAGGCACACCAGGAGUUCCUGAAUAAGAAGUUAUACACCAACAAACCCACCAAGGACUACUUUAAUCAAUUCAACGGCAGCUCCCGCUGACCACCCAUCACCAUCAUCAGCUCGGCUUCUGGCCAAGAACUCCUAACCAUUUCACGUGUUAACUGUACUUAUACUCAAUGGGAAUUAACUGUUUAUAAACAAUAAUCACUGGUUUUUUGUGUGUGUGAAAUUUAUGUUGUCAAAAAC